GACGCGGUACCCCGCGAGGGCUUUCGUCGUUUGUUCGUUCGUCUAUACGUGUGUCUAUAUGUCCGUCAUCUCCCUUCCGCUUAAACCUAUCGUGGUCGUGCGUACGUUCAUUCGUUCGUCCGGUCCGUGUGUGGUGCGUCUCCCUUCGCUUGCUUUGAACGACACUUGCCACCGGUCGCGACUAUCGUCUCUGUGUCAAAGUACAUCUCUCUCUUACUCUACCUCUCUCUCCUCGUUUCUCUUGGCGUGCCCGACCGAAAAGACAAGAUGGCUGCCGACUCAGGAAUGGAGACGUGUCCCUCCCCGGAGAUUGCAGACUCCAGGAAGCGGCCGCUUGAUUGUGACGCGGAAAAUGGCGCGACGAAGAGGUCUCAUUACGGAUCAGGGGGAGAUGGAACAUAUCACCUCAAAGUAUUGGUCCCCGGCGUGGCUGCUGGAGCAAUCAUUGGAAAAGGAGGGGAUACAAUUGCCCAAUUACAAAAAGAUACAGGAGCCAGGGUCAAAAUGUCUAAAUCCCACGAUUUCUACCCAGGAACAACAGAAAGAGUGUGUUUAAUUACGGGUAGUUUAGAAGCUAUAAUGGCAGUUAUGGACUUUAUUAUGGAUAAAAUUCGCGAGAAACCAGAUCUCACAUUAAAGACAACCGUUGACUUUGAAUCAGGGAAAACUACUGCAGAGAGGGACAAACAGGUAAAAAUUUUGGUACCUAACAGCACUGCAGGCAUGAUAAUAGGUAAAGCUGGAAAUUACAUUAAACAAAUAAAAGAAGAAUGUGGCUCGUACGUUCAAAUAAGUCAGAAGGCAAAAGACGUGUCUUUGCAAGAAAGAUGUAUAACGGUAAUUGGAGAGAAAGAGAAUAACCGUAAUGCAUUAAUGAUGAUAUUAGCAAAAGUGGCAGAUGAUCCACAUAGUGGAACAUGUCCAAAUGUUAGUUAUGCCGAUGUUAGUGGUCCUGUAGCUAAUUACAAUCCCACAGGCAGUCCUUAUGCUCAAGCACCUACAAGCACUCCCACGUAUACUUCUACGGCUGGCAUCAAUACAGUGAGUCUCUUGAAUGGUGCUGGAUUAAGCUUGAACUUGAAUUUAGGAGCUGCAAUUACAGCAGGUACAGCACCAGUGACAACGCAAUUGUUGGAACAUAUAAAACUAAAUUUACGAACGGCAGGUUUUUCGGAACCUGCUGCUAGCGAAAUUUUGUCUGCUAUCGCUACACUUGCUAAAUAUAAUCUUCUCGGAAUGGGAAUCGGAAUGCCUUCUAGUAUGGGUUACCUUGGAAAUCCUAUGGAUAGCACUACAACAGCAAAUGGUUCGAAUAACAAUGGCGGCGUAUUUGGGCCAAUUGGAACAGUUCCUGCUCUUGGAUCUACGUCUCCCACACCACGUAAUACACUUGACAGAUACGAGCCUUUUGAUCCAUUCAGACAAAACAACACAGCUGCCAGUGCUAUUCAUCUAAACAACAAUUCGUUUGGCCUUGGCACUAACCAGUUAUCACUUGUAAGUAAGAGUCCUACACAGGUAGACGCCAACAACAAGGAGACCAAGAAAGUAGACAUAGAAAUUGCAGAGGUUAUAGUGGGAGCUAUUCUGGGACCCGGUGGUCGUGCCCUCAUUGAGAUUCAGCACCUAAGUGGCGCCAACAUACAAAUCUCUAAGAAGGGCAUGUUCGCUCCUGGUACCAGGAACCGCAUAGUGACUAUCACGGGUUAUCCUAAUGCAAUCGGCACUGCUCAAUAUUUAAUUGAGCAGAGGAUCAGUGAAGAGGAAGCAAAACGAGCACGUCAGAAUGCCCUCGCCAAUAUGAUCCAUUGAUUUCAAGUACAGCACUUUUGUUCAUCCCCAUUAUUGAGCUCCGUUAUUCAUCUUUUCACAUCUUGAGGUGAUGCUGCGGUAGCUCUCUCUUCCCUUCUUGAAACACUCGUCCACUACCACCUACCACCCGUUGUCAUCUAUCGCUACAUCACUAUAGCGCUUGCAUUCUCACAUCACUGUUCAUGCAUCCAUCAUGAUUCGUCAACAUUUAUCUAUCUUUUAAGAUUAUUAUGAUAUAUAAAUAUUAUAUGUUAAAUGAUAACUACUACAAUUGUUCUGUGAUACACCACGUUACGGGACUUUAUCACAAAUAAUACACGUACCACAUCAGAGUUACAUAAUAUAUCUAGUUGUAUGGUAUAGGAUAUUGAAAGAAGGCAUGAUGAAAUUAUGAUUACAUUAGAAACGAAAUGGCACAAUUUGGCCAUAGUUGUUCUUGGAAGGUCAAGACGACAAUGUUACAUGGGUAAUUGUUUCGUUUCAUAAAAAUAAAUCUAUUUUUUCUUUUUUUUUUUUUUUUUUUUGUAUAGGAGCAUAAUCUUAGUACUAAUAUGAAAGAUAUUUUUAGUUAGAAGGUCAUACAGAACUCACAAAUUGAAUGACUUCGAUCUGAGGAUUUAGUAUUUUAAUGUGUAUCGUGCAGAUCAAAUUAUAUUCACUUCCAUAAAAUGAUGUUGCAAAUUAUUGUAUUGAACUGUUCCUUGAGCUAUGAAAUGAUUAGGCCGAUUGAACGAUUAACAUGCUAUAUGAGCAAGAUUUCUUGAGUACAGAGUAAUACCUUGGCAAAACCAAAGAUCUUACAUAUGUAAAGCAGAAAUAACUUGGCUGGAGGAUAAAUAUACAUACAAAGGGAGAGCUAUUCUAUGUAUAAACAUAUAUUUAUAUAUUUACAAUGCUGGCUGGUCCAGUUAAAUGAAUAACAUAAUACUUUAUUGCCAAGUUUUAUUCUGAAUCCCAAAGUCUUUAUUUCUCAAAAUCUUCAUCAAAUUAUAUCUUAUAGUAUUUAGAUUAAUGUACCCAGAAGUAUAUAAACAUCAAGUCUCAUUCUUCCUUACUCAUACCUUAGGAACAGAGGAUUCAUUAUAUUAGCGUGCUAAGAUAAGAAUUACUCGAUUCAUCACUGAAUCAAAAAGAUCCUCUCAAGUAACAUUUUAGUAUGGUUAACAUGCGUUGUACAUUAAAACUUUUGUCUAAUUAUUUUUAGUUUCAAGGUAUAUCAGUUGAAUACAAUUUGAGUUAAUGAGAUACAUUUCAUGACACUUUGCAAAGCAAAAGCUGUGACAUAGAAAUUUGUUUUUGUCAUUCCUUUAUAUUAUAGCAGCAUGAAUAUAAUUAUUUUUGUCAUGUAGAGAUAUUUAUAUUUAUAUACAUCUGUUUUCAAUAGUUUAAUCGUGAAAUAUUUUUUGAGCAAAAUAUUCCAUUCGCUAGUGCUUUCAAUUCUUUUCUAUGCAAUGAUUAAUGUAUUCUGAUGAAAAUACAGCAAAUUAAGGUUUCUACAUACAUACAUAUAUACAUACAUACAUACGUACGUACAGUUUUAUGUAAAAAGUGUCUGUCAUGGUCAGCAGUCAUGUCAUACAUCCUUGGGUUCUGUAUGAUACUGCUUUAUGUGGAAUUCUAUUUAAGACAACCAAAUCUUUGACAGAUUUUUAACAACUGCACCUUGACACUGAAUCAAAUCUUUAGAUAGGGAAUGGAUUUUAGCUAGAAACUUCGUUUAUGUUGAUAAUAAUUAUCAAUAUUAUAAACAAAAGAGCAAACAGCUUAUAUUUCAUUGCUAGAUAAGAAAGAGGAUACAGCAUCUACUAAUAACGGACGUUUCAAAUCAUUGUUUUUUGGGGGGGGGGUAGGUAUUAGGAAAGGGUGAUAUAAGGGAUAGGCAGUAAUCAAUAAUGGGUUUAGUUAAAGUAUCUGAAAACGUUAGCUGUAGCGUCAAAUGAAAUAUAUAAGUGUACAUGAGUACAAUUCAUAGCUGGAGACGCUGGCUCACCACUCUUUAAAAAUAACUUGUAUAUUCAUAAAUAUCGCAUAACACGAGUAAUAAUAUAUUACACACAGAGAGAAAAAGAGUAAAUAUAUAUAUUAUAUAUUAUAUUAUAUAUAUAAUAUAUAUAUGUAUAUAAAAGAUGCAUCUAUAUAUACAUGAAAAGUUCGAAUUAGAUUAUUAAAUAAAAGAGAAUUCAUAUUAUCUAAAAUAUAAAUGACAUAUAUGUGUAUAUGUAUAUGUAUAUAUGUAUACACAUAUAUAUUCUAUAUAUAUAUACAUAUAUAAAUAUAAUAUAUAAAAGAUAUAAUAUAAGUAAUGAAAUGAUAUUAUAAACAUUGUUGACAAAAUAUUUGCGUCCGCGUACGUAAAACAUGAUUUUAUGUUUAUUCAUAAAUUGUAUGUGAACUAUUGAUUAAACUUCACUGUGUUGCCCAAAUACAUUGAGAAAGAAGUCACAGAUACGAUAAAGAUGCAAACUAUUGUUAGAUUGCUGUAGAUAGAUCUAUUUGAAAAAAAAAAACUUUAAUAGAACAUGUUACAAACGUCACGUGUACCAUUAACUUAAUUUAUAAAUCACUUUAUUUUAAUAUAGCCAUUGCGCUAUUAAUAUUAAUGGCAGCAUAAUAUUUCUCUAUUGCAUCCGUAUAUGCAGUACUUUUUCUUCGCUAAUUAUACGUAUCAUCACAUUAGAUCUAUCAUUGGCGGUUUCUUAAUUUUAUCCUAUCGUCACUUUCUCUCUAUCUCUAUUUUAUAAUUCACACUUUUUCUGACUGCCGGUAGGCAGGUGUGUUCCAAUUGAUUUGGACAGGCCAAGAUUUUCAAAGGGAAACAGAUUUUAUACCAUUUUCAUUUACACACAUCGAUUCGUACUUUUCUCAUUUAUGACUCUCAUAUGAUUAUUUGUACUAAUGUAUCUAAAUCUAGUAUUGCAGUGAACUUGUAUAAGUAGAUGAAGGAAACAAAUUUUUCAUUCGAUUUUCGUCACAAGAAUGUUGACAUAUUUUGUGCUUGUUACAAGUAACAUCGAUAUUAUUACAGUGAAGUGAAAUAGACUUUUCUCACAUAGAAUAUUUCUUCUGUAACUCUUUUUUUUUUUUCUUUUUUUAUGUGUAGCAUAUAUAAGCAACAAAACAUGCGACGAAUGAUUGUAUUCUGGUUGUCACGUUGAAAAAAAAAAAAAAACGAAAACAUGCUUGAUCAUUUGAAUAUUUUAUUACCAAAAUUACAAUGUUUCUAAUAUUAUCGGUUACAUAGGAGAAUAAUCCUUAUAAAGGUUCCUUAUGUCAUUUCCUGUAAUCGAAAUCAAACAGCAAUUAUCAUUUUUCGAUUCGAACAGAGUCCGUACGUAUGUGAAACUUGUAAUAUGCACAUUAACGAAAAGAAACGGAAGGAAAAAUAAGAACGAAUAAGAACGUGUAAGUAAAUCUCUUUCAAGUAAAUCUCUAUGACAAACAACUUGUAGGUAGCACGGGAUAAUUAGAUUAGGUUACGGUUUUUCUCAGUAAACACAUUCCUUAGUAGAACACAUUAUGUAUAAGGAUAGCUGUGAUGAGGUUGAAAUGAGUGAAAGAGAGAAAAGAAGGGAAAAUAAUUGGGUGAGAGGGAGAUAGGUGUUUAUCAGCUGCCAGUACGUGAAAAUUGCCACGAUACGUUGAUGUAUGUAGUGUGUAAAUUCAUAGAAUUUAUUUGUGCAGGGAAAAAUAACUCGAUGGCGAAUAACGAUUCAUCAGCAAGGAGAAACGAGAAGACGUAUCAGUUUUAUUCUACGUGAUAAAAAGAUGAUGUUGAUGUUAAAUGUUCAAUUUUAUGAGCAUCGCAUGUCGCAAUAUCCAUUUUCCAAUGUUAUCGCUUGGAACGUUUGAUAAGAAAGAAAAAAAAGAACUAACUCACUCUCCUUGCACCAUCGGUAAGAAACGAAGCGAUAAACAUAUUACAAGUUAUAGUGAUCAGCCAGUUUACUAUUAGUAUUUCCUUUAGCGGUUUAUAUGCAUCUCUCUGUACAAUAUUAGUAUUUUAUAAAUAUCGUAAAUGUUACGGGGCUACGGUUCGCAUGUGUUCAUCGGUUUAGAAGACGUAUAACGUAAUAGGGAAAGAAAUUAAAAUACAUUGAAUCGUAACUAUUAACGGUCGAUGCAGAAAAUUCCAUAGAGAUAAACGUCCAACGGGGAAGAACGAUCGUUCGUAUACGUUUCUUCUGGAUUGUUUCACGUUUACAGAUACCUUUAUAGGGUUCACCUUUAUACGGUUGCAUAUUAUUGCGUUAAAUUUUAUUGUUCGCGUGUUGGACGAUUGUUGCUUGAAAUAACGAUACGAAAAUACCUCCAUGCAAUGUGGCAAAAAGAAAAAAAAAAAAAAAAGAACAGUAUUGGUUGGCCAGUCUAUGUUACCUACGAGUUGUUUAACGAGAGGACAUCGUUAGAGUAAUUAAGCCGGCAGUCGCCACACAUUUAGAAGAAUCUUAUUUCAUAUGACGCUUUGUUUUGUACAGUUUGAGAUAUAUUUCAUCCGAUCAUUCUCUAGGUAAUGAAAAAGAAAAAAAAAAAUUAACGAUAAUAAACAUGGUGAACCACGGUGCCAGAGAAUGGUUGUUGAGCUCCGUGGAUAGUUGUACACGAUUACUAAGUAUAGAUGUGUAGGUAGUGUCUUAAAUCUCUUGUAAAAAUCGUCAUUACAGGUUCAACGUUUUAAUCAAUAAAAGGACUAAUCGAUAAAAGGACAAAAAAAAAAAGAUAUUUACAGAAAUGGAUAAAAAAUGUAUAAUUAUACUCUCGCACGUGGAGACGUAGUGUAGUAAUCAGGGAAACUGUAGGAAUUGCAUUGAUUCGCCUCAAUUCUAAUAUGAACUAUUGUUACAGUAACUAUAAUUAAAUUUGACACACGUCGCCACGAUGGUGUGGCUUGCGUGUCACGUUACUUGGCUGUGUGUGCUAGGCUACAUCGUAAUUCAUGUUCCAUCAUCCAUCACUCCACUCGCACAGACUCCAUUUACCUGUAUAGAACGGAAAUAAAUAGCGGAGGGGGGAGGGGGAAAGACAAAUUAAAAAAAGGGGGGGGAUUAGAGGAAGAGAGUAACGAUGAUUUAUCAUUAACUACAUAUGUAAAUUAAUAUUCCGAUACGAACGAAAGGGAAAGAAGGAAGGAACGAAAGAUCGAACGAGGGAUCGCUACAUAUUCGAUAGCAGAGAAAACAAAAAUGAAAAAAUUCUUUCGCACGACAUUUACACACUCCACCCAAUCACUUUAGUGCCAUAUUGAUAUCCCAUCAGCCACACUUGUUGACGUUUUGACGGUAGAACGUGUUGUUAAAGAUGUGUAUAUUCUGCGACUAUGCAGGCUGUUUUGAAUAAAGUCGGAAUACGUUUAUUUCUCAUUACGCAUAUAUUAAAUCGUUACAAAGUAUUAUGAAACACACCUGUAUAUGCUUAUUUAGUUUCUGCAGUGUACAAAGAAUCGUUUUACAGCUGUCGAGGGAUUUUAAUGUUGAUUAUCACGAUGACGAGAUAGAGCUUAUAUAUAUAUAUAUAUAUCUAUAUAUAUAUCUAUACAAUAUAUACACGUAUAUAUUGUGUCGAUCUAUACGUAUUGAUUGAAAACUCUAAGUUCGAACUUCUUAUUUUAUAAAAUAAUAUAUUCAUGCAUAUUCUACGAGGAAUUAGAAAUUUUGUAAAAAAUGCAACAGUUUCUUGAACAGGAGCAAUGCGUUUCGUUUGGAAAUUGUUCUUGUUGUUGUCAAAUCAGAGAGAAAGCUGACUUUCUUUUCUCCUAUUGCCGGUCUGCGCUUGAUGUUAGAUUCGAUACGUUCGGCGUUGAAACGCGUAGAAUAAAAGUGAAGGAUUAUCGGACGAAAAAAUCCUAUGUAGAAGAUAUUUUCGUAGCACAAACCGCUUUUCUUUCGAGCCAUUGUUUGUAAAGAAACGUUGCAUUUGCACCCUUUAAGAAUGUUAUAUUCUCGGAAGGUUCUUUUACUGCCACUUUUCGCAAUCGUUCGCUAUAAUCAAAGGUAUAAACGAUAGAGCAAAUUAACAAUAGUCGAGGGAAAUAUAAAGAAUUGAUGUAAAGUGUAACGUUACAUUAAGAAGUAUUAAUAUACAGUAAGAGAUACGAUGAUAGAUGUCGAAGAAACGGUAAAAAUAUGAAACGUCGAGGAUGAAGAAGUAAUAAUAAUAAUAAUAAUCGAUUGCAUUGCAUUGAUCGACAAUAUAGCAAAAUUAAUUAUUUAUAGGUAGAGAGGACAAAGAUUAACGAGCUUUAUCAACAAUUGAUAACAUAAACGAAUUGUCUUGACUUGUUCUUCGCCAGAUGUUCCCACUUUAAACGCUGUUGUACGUGAAAUUUUUAACUGCUCUGUGUAUUGCACAACAUUUGAACAUUUGCAGCAUCGAUUGGUUCACUGGAUAUUUUUCUUUUUUCUUUCUUUUCUCGUUUUCGUUGAAGCUUCGCUUUUUGUUUUUUUUUCUUCCUCUCUCUCUCUCUUCUUUUUUUCUUUUCUUCUUGUUUCAAUUCGCCGAACUUAAAAUUUCACGAUACACCUGCAUUGCAAUGCCCUUAAACGAGCAGAAUAAGGAAGGAGUACACAACACAAAAAAAAAAAGAAAACAAUACAAAGCGGAUAAAAAGAAAAUAACAAAGUGGCUGUAAAUAUUUUAUAUAUAAAAAAGAAAAAGAUAUAUAUAGAGAAAGAGAGAGAUCUAUCUAUUAUAGGGAUACGCGUGGAAUUAAACGAAAAGAGGCUUUUAUUUUUGUCUAAAAAAUAAAAGAUGGACGAUAAUCGAAUAUAGCGAGACGAGAAUUAUAAUUGGACAAGUUCAAAGAAAAGAUAAAAUAUCCCGACGUUAGUCGAUUCUAGUGCAUAGUAUUUACCGAUAAAGUAUUAAAUAUCGCGCCCAUCGACACGUAAUACAAAUUUCGAUCAUUCACGAGCCCGCACUGUGUCUUCUUCUGCGUAAAUCGAGCAGAUGCUAAAUUCGCAGAUCUCCGAUAUCGUCGUACAAUUGAAAAAUACGCCACUUACGAAGCGAUGCAAAAAAGGGAAAAGAAGAAAAAGAAAGGAACAAAAGAAAAGUGAAGCUUUCUCUCCGCGUACAUAGAAAAAGAAAAGAACAGAAUGAGACGAGCCUCGUUAGUGUAUUCAAAAUAGCAAUGCAUACCGAUAACUAAAUCUCUACAAAAAAAAAAAAAGAAAAAAAAGAAGAAGAAGAAGAAUCUUCUCAUCGCGGAUGGCCGAAUGUCUGAGAAAAAGAGAAAAAAAAGAAAAAAAAAUUAUGAUUCAGAAUAUCUAGACGCAGAGCGAAUAGAACCGAGGAAGAAUUUAUUCGACAGAUAAACUAUUUAAAGAAAGAGUAGAAGAAAACAGAUAUAAAUAACUAAAUAAAUGAUAAAGAGAAAAAGAGCGAACAGUGGGCAACUUAAUAAGAGAGCACAUUUAAACGACUAGAAGAUUCGUUAACGUGUAAUUAAAAGGAUUGUACAAAAGUGUAUGUAAUGUUAUUUUAUUGGAGGUGAGACUUAGAGUUAGACUGUUAAUACACGGUAUAUUAUUUUGGGUAAGCAUAUGUAAAGAAAAAGAUUAAAAAAAAAAAAAAAAAGAAGAAGAAAUAAUGAAGAAUAAUAACGAAGAACUUGGAUGAGAAUCGUUAUUGUUGAGGUAGAAGUAGCACAUAGCAGCUCGGGGAUUAUAAUGAUGAUGAGGAUGAAGAAAAAAAAAAACUAUUAAGUACCUUGUUGAAUAUAAGUAGAUUAAUAAUCGCUAAGUCGCGAAGAAAAAAAAAAAAGUUGUGCACCGCGAUGGUGCAUGUGUGCACAUUCAUGUUCAUUAACGACUUGUUGUCAUUAUACACACACGCACACAUAUACAUACAUACAUACAUUACAUACACGCAGAGAGACACGCAUACCCGUAUACAUAUAUGCAUACACGUACAGAGGAACAUUGUACACUUGUAUAACGCGAAAUGUUGCAUGCCUAUACACGCAAAAGAAAGAUUUAAACAAAACGAAAAAAAAAAAAAAAAUAUGAAAAUAUAUAAUAGAGGGUUUCACGCGAAACGCAGUGCCGCGCGUUGUGCUUUCAAAGGAUUGCAUCCGAAUUACGAUGCCGGUUACAUUAGAUGAAAUAAAUAGCAUUAUCUUCCACGAACAUUUUGAAUUUCAAGAGCAGCUGGCUGCGAAAGAGGUACCAUAGUAGAGAUUCGUUCGUCACUGAUGGAACACGAUCACAAGUAUUGUACCUUACAUUCCUUUGGCUAUAAAGUAAUAGUAAGAACACGACGACCGUGUGCCUCGUGCGUUUCAUGCAUCGCGAUCACCGAGAAAUAAACGAGAUAGCUGGGGGCGGGAGGGGGAAAAAGAAAAGAAGAAAAUACGGCUAAAUUGGCAUUCGAUCGAUCGAUGAUAAUCAAAAGGAAGGAAAGAAAGAUCCGUUUCAAUUCGAUACGUGGCGCGCUUUGACCGGCCGAUUUAAUUGACGCACGUAUUGCACGGUCGAUCAUACGUUUUUGUUCCGUUUUUUUUUUUCUUGUUUGUUCAUUUCGUCAGGAUAUAUAUUAAAAAGAGGAAACGGUGCAUAAAAAGAGCAGCGAUCGAAAUUGUAUUUUUUAAUAUAUAUCUGUAUGUAUAUAUGUAUAUGUAUAUAUUACGAGAACUCGCCUGAUAGAAAAAGGGUACUGCGAUUCAGCUUGAAAAGUUCGCGAGAAACUAUAGUUAAAUCUAACUAUCACAAGAAAAAGAGAGAAUCUCUAUUAUUAUUAUUAUUAUUAUUAUUAUUAUUAUUAUUAUUAUUAUUAUUAUUAUUAUUAUUAUUAUUAUUAUUAUUAAAGGGUAUAGCGUGUUCUCUUGAGAUGAAAGAUUAUAUAUAUAUAUGUAUACAUUUAUAUACAUACCGAUUGGCGAGUAAAACUCUCUGAACGGAUAAGAAAAAAAAAAAAGAAAGAAGAAGAAGAUAAGAGAAACUAUAAUAGGGCUGUUAAUUAUUGAGAAUCAUCUAAGCGAUAUAUUAGAAAAGGGAUAUGCACGUGUUUGGAUACGUGUGUCGAUGCGCAUCGAUUGUCCGUGAAAUGGAUCGUACAAAUAAACGAUCCAUUUGUAACAUUGUUCUGUCACGGUCUUUUUUCCAAGAAAAAGAGACGAAAGUAUAGAAGAAAACGAAAACAAAGAAAAUAAUAGGGAAAUGUCGCGUGUAGCUCUGCAUACGAUAGUUCGGAAAAGAAGGACAGGAAACUAAGCAUACGACGAGACACUUGUCCCUUGUGUUUUACGACUCCCUUCAGAACAAACGAUUGUUAUAUUGUAUCGAGCACAAAAAGCUGCGUUACUUUUUUCUAUAAUGUUACGUUCAAUUGUAUUUUCGCGAGAGGAAACGAUUCUUUAACUUCGAUUCUCACCUCGGAUUUGAACGUUUCAAAAACGCUCCGCUUUUUCGACCUUGCCGAACCAGAAGCUAUACCCUUUUCGAUUUCGUUAGACCGAUACGAACGGGCUAAUUCGAAAACUAAACGAGCAGGCGAAAGUUGCGCCGAUUAAUCGUCGAGCUGUUCCCCACUCGAGUCGAUAGAGAGGAGUGUUUUUCGUGUUUUCCCUAUCGACGCGACGAGAAUCCACUCGACGUUCUUUUUUUAAUAUUCUCCAAUAUUCUUGUUAAUAUUCCUUACGAUUUCCAAAGAAAUGAUUUUAAUCUGACGAUUAGCGUGAUUAUUCGAGGCAAAAUUCAAACGACCAGUCAACGAUCGGGAAAAAUCAAAAUGAAUCCGAGAUGUGCGGAUCGAUAAACGCGACGACAAGCGAGCAUGCAUCACACGGCUUGUAAGCCUGAACACGAGAAAGAAGACAAAAAUAGGUCUUUGUUUUUUUGAUCGACGACGCGAAAAUGAUUACGUUUUUAUUUGAUAAUUUUUGCUUGUUAUUAAAAGUUUACGUGACCUCUUGGGCACCACACUAUGAUUGUUAUUGAUGAAGUAUAUAUUAUACUAUAUAUACAUAUAUAUAUAUUUUAUAUAUGUAUAUAUAAUUAGUUCACAGCAUUUGAAUUUACUCUAAAUAAUUACUUUACACUCUAAUCACAUUUAUUUGCAUCCAUAAAUUGUUAUUCUUUCAUCAUCAGAGUUAUUCCAUUCAAUGUUAAAUAAUUAUAAAUAUUAAACAUAAUAUAUUAACUAUUUUCACUCAUGAGAAAGCAUCGUUACCUGUAUGACAAGUGACCAUAAGAGCAUAAUAAACAAUCGCUCAUUAAAUGCA